UGGCGUUCUCGUUUACGUGUACGAGUAUACUGUGUAGUUGAAGUAAAACGACGGCAAACGAAAGAAGAAGCUUGGAUACAUAUGUUGUUGUCAUGACAAAUAAAACCCACACUCUGUGGCUCCACGGAUUGUGGCUGUUAGUAUUGUUGCCGCUCAACGAAGGAAUCACGGUCACCUGGGGUUAUGUAAACAAGUAUGCCAGCACGCUACACGCAGAAGAUGUGUACCUGGAGCCACACGACAUCAGCUUGGAUAUUGCGUAUCCUGCACAGAAUGUCAGCAAUGUUUAUACGAUAAGCGCAAUACACGCCUAUGAUUUGACUCAGGCCGAGGCUGCGGCUGGCGAUGCCGACGAGACCACUGCCCUACUUCUAAGCGGUGGUGUUGGGCAACAGCAUGCGGUAGUACGCUUACAGCGACUACGACUACAGAAUGCUGAUGCCACCAACAACAACAUGAAUAUAGGCAAGAACAGAAACAUCACAGUUGUGCACUUCCAGUUGGUCAUUUAUGGUGUUGAUUUGUAAGCAAUAGCGAUAACUCUAUCCUCUCUCUCUCCGGCUCUCUUUACUCCACAUACAACUAACUGACUUAACUCUCUAUGACCUGCUACCUCGAUAGAGCGGCGAAUGAUCGAUGCAGUAAAGACUUGCGCUCCUAUUUAAUGUUGGAGGGUUUUUUUUACUGACCAUCUUUAAACUUGCCAUUUUCCAAUAAACGAAACCCAAAACGUUCUGUGCA